AUGACUUCCGCUCUUGAGCAGCUUAAGGCCACUGGCACCGUCGUGGUCUGCGACUCUGGUGACUUUGCCACCAUCGGCAAGUACAAGCCCCAGGAUGCCACCACCAACCCCUCCCUGAUCCUGGCUGCUUCCAAGAAGUCCGAAUAUGCCCCUCUCAUCGACGCCGCCGUUGCCUACGGCAAGAAGAAGGGUGGCUCCAUCGACGCUCAGGUUGAAGCCACUCUGGACCGCCUUCUGGUCGAGUUCGGCAAGAAGAUCCUGGAGAUCAUUCCCGGCAAGGUCUCGACUGAGGUCGACGCCAAGCUGUCCUUCGACACCCAGGCCUCUGUCAACAAGGCCCUUGAGAUUAUCAAGCUCUACGAAGAGGUCGGCAUCAAGAAGGAACGCAUCCUGAUCAAGAUCGCCUCCACCUACGAGGGUAUUAAGGCUGCCCACAUCCUCCAGUCUCAGCACGGCAUCAACUGCAACCUGACCCUGAUGUUCUCUCUGGUUCAGGCUAUUGCUGCCGCUGAGGCCGGUGCUUUCCUGAUCUCUCCCUUCGUCGGCCGUAUCCUUGACUGGUACAAGGCCGCUCACAAGCGCGACUACACUCCUGAGGAGGACCCCGGUGUCAAGUCCGUCCAGGCAAUCUUCAACUACUACAAGAAGCACAACUACAAGACCAUCGUCAUGGGUGCUUCCUUCCGUAACGUUGGCGAGAUCACCGAGCUUGCCGGCUGCGACUACCUGACCAUCUCCCCCAACCUGCUGGAGGACCUGUACAACUCCACCGAUGCCGUCCCCAAGAAGCUUGAUUCCGCCGAUGCUCACAACCUGAACAUCCCCAAGCGCGAGUACCUCCACCACGAGGCUGAGUUCCGCUUCGCCUUCAACGAGGAGGCCAUGGCCGUCGAGAAGCUCCGUGAGGGUAUCUCCAAGUUCGCUGCCGAUGCCAUUACCCUCAAGGACCUCCUGAAGGCUAAGAUCCAGGCUUAA